CUCAAACAAGAUGGCCGCCUUGGCUUCACUGGUGAGGGAUUCCGUUGUUUCAAGGGGCGGAGGAGGAAGAGGAAGAGUGUGAGGGAAAGUGAAAGUUGGGGGUUUGGGAGAGGAAGAGACCAGGAAGGGGAGCGACUGGUAGGGAAGGCUGCCCCCCAUUCCCUUUCUCAGCUAUCCUCUCUCUCUUUCCCUAGAUAGACCCUCUUCCCUCAAACCCUGGGACCCCUAAGACCCCAGACUGACUCUUACCAUUUCAACCCCCCACCCCACCCAUAACUGAGGCUGCCCUUGGGGAAGAAGGAGGUUCAAACCAUCCCUAACCCCUUCCUCAUAACUUACAAUCUAUCCCUGACCUUUUCCCUAAUGCUCAAAAGCCCCCCCCCAAGCACAACCCCCUCCCCAAAUUUCUUGUUAGAAACCUGGCUGCUUAGAUACUCCCCAAUCCCCCUCAGUUUUUAUUUUUUAAACUAUCCCCUUCCAACCUCUGAAUCCCCCUCCCCAAAAUCUGUUCCCCCCCUCCAAAAAUUAUUGACAUGAAUGGCUGUGCAACCCCCCCCCAUUGAAAUCGUGCUCCCAUUACAUGCCUCUCCCCAUUAAAUUCCCCCAUAAACGACUUUUCCCACUAAUUCCCCCCCAAAACAUUAAAAUCCUGUCUCCAUUAAAUCCCAUUCCCCAUUAAAUUCCCUACGAAAUGCCUUCGCCCAUUACAUUCCCCACUGAUUCUCCCCAAAUAAUUGAAAUCCUGUCCCCAUUACAUGCCUUUCCCCAUUAAAUUCCCCUUUAAAUGACUUCCCCAUUAAAUUUCCCACUAAUUUACCCCCCAAAAUUAAAAUCCUUUCCCCAUUAAAUCCCAUUCCUUAUUAAAUUCUCUACUAAAUGCCUUCUUCUGUUACAUUCCCUACUAAUUCCUCCCACAAAACCCUGAAAUCCUGCCCCCAUUAAAAGUCUUUUCCCAUUAAAUUCCCUACUAAUUCCCUGCCCAAAAUUGAAAUCCUGCCCCCAUUAAAUCCCAUUCACCAUUAAAUUCCCUACUAAAUGCUUUUCCCCAUUGAAUUCCAUACUAAUCUCAUCUCCCCAAAUAAUUGAAAUCCUGCCUCCCAUUAAAUCCUUUACCCAUUAAUUUCCCCACUCAAUGCCUUUCCUGAUAGAUCUGGACCACUCCAUUUUCCAUUUUCUGAUCUUUUGAAGCCCCCAGCCACAUUUUCUUGUAAAUCCCCCCCCCUUUUUUUUUAAUUUUUUUUUUAUUUUCUUUAAGAAUUAUUUUCUGGUGCUUGUUUCCUCUCCUUAAAAAUCUGCUCCUUUCCUGACCUAAGGCAAUAGCCCUUGCAAAGGGGAGGGGUGGGUGUCCUUUUGGGGGAGGGAGACCCCCCGCUGUUCUUUCUUAGAGCUGGUGGGUUAGGGGCUAGAAAGGAAAGAGGGACAGGUUGCUGGUGCUGGGGAGGAUUUGAACCCAGGGCUCAGCCAUGCCCUCCAGGCUGGAGAAGUUGGCCAACGUGGUCCUUCGGGUGCCUAGCAUCGUCAUCCUGGAUUUACUCUACCGGUGGGACGUCCAGGCCUUCGCUGAGCUGAUGCGCCCCAAGUCCCCGCAGUCUUACAUGCAGAAGCAUCACCUGUGGAACAUCUACUAUGCAGGCCACAUGGUGUGUGUGGUGGUUUUGCUUCUCCCCGUCCGGUCCCUUGUGAAGUUGUACCUCUACCUCCUGGCAGUUAUGCUGCUUUAUGUGGGCCACCAAACAGCCUGGGAUUACAUCCGUCAUGAGAUGGAACGUGAAUUCUAUGGUGCUGUAUACCAGGAUCCCAUUGCACUGGGCCGCUUUGCUACCGCACUCACAAGCCAGGUCAUCGUGGUCACCCUCUGUGCCCUCCUGCUGCGGACUAAGCAGGUGUGGCGCUUCUCUGCCCCGCUACUCCCCUUGGCUGCCCGCCUCUGCUGUCUGCCACUCCAAAUCCUGCCCACCGUCAACACCUUUGCAUCUGUCCUGACUACCCUGGAAGUUCUCUACGUCAUUGUUUCUGGCUUGUCGCUGCCGUUCCAGUUGGCGACUGCAGCCUUCAGGGAAAUCACUCAGGCACUGGAGGUAUACCAUCUGGUCACACUGGGAAUGUCACUCUGGAGGCAGCUGGCCGUCCCACUCUUGUUCCUGGUCUUCUGGCUGGCUUUGUUCACCCUGCAGAUUUACGCCUUGGCUUCUUCCUCUUCUGGAAACCUUUUAUCCCACCAGGGGUUGAUCUUCGUCUUCCUCAGCAGUGUGGCGGAGUGCUGCAGCACACCUUACUCCCUCGUCGGGCUGACAUUCACCAUCUCCUACCUGGCCCUGGGACUUCUCAAGUUGUGCAAGUUCUACCUGGCAGGCUACGGCGCCUUUCAGAAUGGCAAUGUGAUGCACAGGGGUGUGACUGAAGGGGUGACCUUGCUACUGCUGGCUUUGCAGACAGGCCUGCUAGACCUUCAGCUCCUCCAGAGGACCUUCCUCCUCAGCAUCAUCCUUUUCAUUGUGGUGACCUCCACCUUGCAGUCCAUGAUCGAAAUAGCCGACCCCAUCGUGCUGGGCCUGGGGGCUUCACGGAACAGGAGUUUCUGGAAGCACUUCCGUGGGGUCAGCAUGUGUCUCUUCCUUUUGGUUUUCCCUGGUUUCAUGGCCUAUAAGAUUGCCCAUUUCUUCCACAUGGACUUCUGGCUCCUGAUCCUUGUCUCAAGCUGCAUGCUGACCUCACUGCAGGUUAUGGGGACUCUCUUCAUCUACGGCCUCUUCAUCAUCGAGCUCUUCCAGGACACCCCAAUGGAGAAGAUGGACGAGAUCAUAUACUACGUCAAUGCCAUCAGCCGAGUGCUGGAGUUUCUGGUGGCCGUUUGUGUGGUGGCCUAUGGCUCCUGGGAGUCCAUCUUUGGGGAGUGGAGCUGGAUGGGAGCCUCAGUCAUCAUCAUUCACUGCUACUUCAACGUAUGGCUGAGGGCCCAAUCAGGCUGGAAGAGUUUUCUGCUCCGCCGAGAGGCAGCCAAGAAGAUCAGCUUGCUGCCAGGGGCCACCAGAGAACAGCUGGAGAACCAUGAUGAUGUGUGUGCCAUUUGUUUCCAGGAGAUGACCCUCGCUGUGGUCAUGCAGUGCGGCCAUUUUUUCCAUGGGGCUUGUUUACGUAAAUGGUUCUAUGUACAGGACACCUGCCCUCUUUGCCACCAGCCGGUCAAACCCUUGGCCAACCCCGAGAAUCCCGGAAGCCAAGCUGGAACACAAGUAGCGGAGCCUGGGCCAGAGGCAGGGGAGAUUCCUGACCAUGAAGAUGGUGAACCAGUUGCUCACAAUAGCCCAGAAUGCUCUGAGGUUGGCAGGACUGCAGAGGCUGUGGAGACCUAUAGUGGAGACCUGAAAGACUCCUACUUGGCAGGGCCAGAAGGGGAAGACCUGCAGCAGUGCAGCAGUGGCAGCAUGGGAGAGAAUGUCCCUGGACACACCUCUCCCUCAGAAGAAGUGGAAACAUCUGCUACAGCUGCAAAAUGUGUCCAUGGACCCACUAGGUUGGAUGCCCACGUUGCUGCAGAAACCCCACAGGAACAGAAUUUGGGAAGCUCAUUUAGCAGCUCAGAAGAGCCCUCGAACCUGGAGCAGAGCCCUCCUGGUAGCAGCACUCUCCCAAGAGGGUUUGGGUCACUUUCUACCCAAGCAGAGAGUGGAUCUUGUCUCGGAGUCCCUCCAGCGUUCCUAGCCAAGGGCCAUUGUGAAGGUCUUGAGAAACCUGCCCUACACCUGGUUUCAGAUUACCCUUUUAUGGUACCAGAGAGCCAAGAGGACAUUUUGAGUGAGACCCAGGGACCCAAUGGUCAUCAGGACCUUGAGUCAUGAGGACAGUAUGGAUUCUGGGGCCUCCUCUUCCCUGCUUUUGCUGUCCUCCUGAUCCCCCAAAACCAGCUGAAUCUACCAGUUCUUCUUUCUGUUUCUAGGGAAGUAGACAGCCACACUUAGGGCAGAAAUUAUUUCCUUUGUAUACAGAGGAAAGUGUUCCUCCUCCCAUUCUCAUCUAUGGCUGAAAGCAAAGAAGGCACCCUUUCUGGAGCAUUGAGGGUCCCAUCUUCCUCUCCUCCAAACAGUCUUGUGUUGUUCUCUUAGGACUCCCACGGUACUCAGGAGACUUGGGCACCUUCUGCUCAAUUGGAGCUGCAAGGACUCUUCUCAGAAUAGUUUCUCCACUCUUUAAAUGGUUGCGCUGGCCGCAACAUGGGCACAUGAAAGCAGGAUGUUUUGAGAGAGAGGUCUGAAACUCAACAGUGGCAGGAGCCUUGUUUCAAAAGGAUAGCAGGCCUGUGUCCUAGAGUUUGGGGUUCUUCUGCCUGCCACCUGUUGGCCACUUCUGACCUUCAGUACAGGUUGAGAAUUGGGCCACCCUCCAGAGGUUGCAUUUUCAGGUCCCAACAGCCAUAUCCUGUGGCUAAGAAUGCCGUGAGUUGCAGUUUGAUAACAUCUAGAAAGCUGGAUCUUACCUGCCUGAACAGGUGUAUGAAACGUUUGAGGUGUUGCCUCCUGCCCAGGUGAGAGAACUUUGCAAGAUUUUUUCCAAGGCUGGUGUGAAACUCUGAAGAGACAAUGGCUCCCUCAUGCAAACAGGUUUGCGCUGCUGUAGAAUCUAUAGCGCAUUGGUACAUUGUUGGCCUAUUUUGUGUUGAAGUGGUUGCUUCACAAGAUGGUGUGGCCAGUCAGGGCCAGAGCUGAUGGCCUGUGAGCCAAAUAAAGGAAGCAAACAAAUAUCUUUUAAAUAA